UAGUGAGCGCAACAGUAAUACAUAAGAGAAGAGUAUACAAAGAUAUGCAUGUGUGGCGUGCAGUCUGUGAACACUAUAUAGUGUCUGGUGUGGUGGUGUGCUGGUGUGCGGUGUGGCUGUACAUCCUGACGACCCGAAGAGCCUGUACCAGCAAAGCUAGACUGGACGGGAAAACCGUAAUAAUUACCGGAUCAAAUUCAGGUAUUGGCAAGGCAACAGCGUUAGACUUGGCUAGCAGAGGAGCUCGAGUAAUUAUGGCAUGCAGGAACGUGGAUCGGGCUCUACAAGUCAGGAAACACAUUGCUGACAAAACGAGGAACAACAAUAUAAUAGUGAAGAGUAUAGACCUGAGCGACAUGCUCUCAGUGAGGCAGUUUGCUGAAGAUAUCAACAGGACAGAGCCAAGACUCGAUGUGCUGAUCCACAACGCUGGAGUCCUCAUCCCAGAGAAACUAACAACAGAUCAGGGCCUUAAUACGAUCUUCGCCACCAACCAUUUUGGCCCCUUUUUGUUCACCCAUCUUCUCAUGGGACUGCUGAAAAGAACAGGCAAAAGUAGAAUUAUUUUUGUGUCGUCUUCAGCCCAUUCUAUCGGAAAACUGGAUCUCAGCAAUCCCAAUCCGAAGAAAGAUGCGUCCACAUCGAGGCUCCUCUUCUCCUGGAACAUGUACUGCAGUUCCAAGCUUGCUUGUGUCCUCUGUGCUCGGGAGCUGGCUAGACGCUUGGAAGGAUCAGGAGUGACAGCCAACUGUCUGCACCCUGGAUACGUCUACACCUCUAUAUUGUGCAACCCGUGCCCCAACACAGUCGCUGAACACGUGUUCACGUUCCUGUUUCCCCUUAUAAUGACAAAACGACAAGGGGCCCAGACUACAAUCCAUCUGGCAGUAUCUGAGGAACUAGAAAGAGUUUCGGGGAAAUAUUUUUCAAACUGCAUGGAGAAAACACCGGGAAAUGUAACUGGAGAUGUGGAAUUGGCUGGGAAAUAUUGGAGGUUGUGUGAAGCUAUCGUCGGAUUGAAUUCCACGUUUCCCCAGCAUUCUGAAUGUUAGCGUUGUUCCUUUUAAUGUGAUAUACUGCUAUUUAUUGUAUAUACAAUUGUAUAAGUGUAACAGUUUAAUAAAAAGAAAAU